AUGGUAAGCUGAAAAAAAUUGAUUUUUUUAUGUUAUAAUUUCUUUGAUUCUUAUAGUAAAUAACGUCUGUUCUUUGUAGAGAGAAGUUAUUUCCAUCCACAUUGGACAAGCCGGAGUUCAGAUCGGAAAUGCUUGCUGGGAGCUCUACUGUAUGGAACAUGGAAUCCAACCUGAUGGAAAACUUCCAUCUGAUCACGUCACUGAUGGAAGCUUCUCCACCUUUUUCAGCGAGACUGGAAACGGUCGCUAUGUUCCUCGAGCAGUAAUGGUUGAUUUGGAGCCUACUGUGGUUGGUAAGUUGAAAAUAAUUUUGUUUUGAUUCUGGAUUCAGAUGAAAUCAGAACUGGAACUUACAAGCAUCUCUUCCAUCCUGAGCAACUUAUCAGUGGAAAGGAAGAUGCGGCCAACAACUACGCUCGAGGUCAUUACACCGUCGGCAAAGAGAUUAUUGACACCGUGCUUGAUCGUGUCCGCCGUUCUGCGGACAAUUGCUCUGGACUCCAAGGAUUCCUGUUGUUCCACUCUUUCGGUGGCGGAACUGGCUCUGGCUUCACUUCAUUGUUAAUGGAGCGACUCUCAACUGACUACGGAAAGAAGGCCAAGCUUGAGUUCUCUGUCUACCCAGCACCUCAGGUGGCAACGGCUGUGGUGGAACCUUACAACUCAGUCUUGACCACCCACACCACCCUUGAACACUCGGAUUGCGCCUUCAUGGUGGACAAUGAAGCCAUCUACGACAUCUGCAGAAGAAAUCUGAGUGUGGAAAGACCCAGCUACACUAAUUUGAAUCGUAUCAUCUCCCAAGUGGUCUCGUCCAUCACCUUGUCCCUCCGCUUCGAUGGGGCUCUCAACGUAGAUCUCAACGAAUUCCAGACCAAUCUGGUACCCUACCCAAGAAUUCACUUCCCAUUGGCUACUUAUGCUCCCUUGAUUUCUUCGGCUAAGGCUUAUCAUGAAUCGAACUCCGUCCAAGACAUUACCAACCAAUGUUUUGAGACGCAGAACCAGAUGGUGAAGUGUGAUCCGAGACAUGGCAAGUACAUGGCGGUAUGUCUUUUGUACCGCGGAGAUGUUGUUCCCAAGGAUGUUAAUGCUUCUAUCGCCGCAAUCAAGACCAAUAGAGCGAUUCAGUUUGUUGAUUGGUGUCCAACUGGAUUCAAAGUAAGAUUUGAGAACUUUACGAUGUAUAAUGUAAUUCGCAAUCAAACGUUCAUUUAAGGUCGGAAUCAAUUACGAGCCACCCACUGUUAUCCCUAACGGAGACUUGGCCAAGGUCCCUCGAGCUGUCUGCAUGUUGUCCAACACGACCGCCAUCGUUGAAGCCUGGGCUCGUCUCAACACAAAGUUUGAUCUAAUGUAUUCGAAGAGAGCCUUUGUGCACUGGUAUGUUGGUGAAGGAAUGGAAGAAGGAGAGUUCUCCGAAGCCAGAGAGGAUCUGGCCGCCUUGGAAAAGGACUACGAAGAGGUUGGCUUGGAUUCGAAUGAACAACCUGAUGAGGAUGAAUACUAA